CCACCCACCCGGAGCGGAACCGAACGGACCCGGAACGGCCCGGGGGGCGGUACCGGAGCGGUACCGGAGCGGUCCCGGCAGCGCCAUGGCGCGGGACCCCGCGUUCGUGCUGCGCUACCUGGCCGAGGUGGAGGAGCUGGCUGAGGACGUGCUGGCGGCGCGGCAGCAGAUCGUGGAGUUGGAUAUGAAACGGAACCGGAACCGCGAGGCCCUGCGGGCGCUGCAGAAGGAUCCGGAGCCCGAGGGCCAGGCCAUGGUCUGCUUCGGGGACAUGUUCAUCCAGCUGCCCAAGGCCCAGACCCGGGAGAUGCUGCGGCAGGACCAGGAACAUCUGGAUGAGGAGAUCAGCAGCCUGCGGAAGGAGCUGCGGGUGAAGGUCAAUCGCCUCUACGAGGCUCAAGGGAAACCCGAGCUGAAGGGGUUUCACCUGAACCCCAUGAGCUCUGAGGAAAUGAAGCUCAUCAGUCGCAUCCUGCAGGGCUGAGGUGGCAGAGGUGCAGCCCCCGGGGGCUGCAGGACACCUGGGGCAGCUCCCUGGGAAGUGUUUGGCUCCUCAGCUCCGAUGCUGCAGCUUCCUUGGAUCACAGACCCAGUGCUGGGGCCCAGGGAUGGUGUGGGUGUCCGUGGGCAGGCUGGAAAGGGGGUUAUUAAAACCAGAGCAGCUGCAUCCCCA